AUGGAUGUUGUUAUCAAAAUCCUAGUUGGCAUCGUAUUUGUAUACACCUGGGACUAUAUGGCACCAUAUCUAACCCGGAGCGAUUCCACGGCCAGAAGAUUCCUGGAGAGAGCAGUCGUCAGGUUGUUCUCGUGGACAGAGAUGUAUUUGACAAAAGUCAUGACGACGUUCCGACAGCAAUUUUACCAGGAUCUCCAUGACUUGAGCCACGCAGUCGGAAUUCCUGUACCAAAGUCUGAGUCGCGCCCGGACGUAUCCUCGGCAGGCUCCAAGUCGCAACCGCUCAAUGUCCCCAUCCGACAGACAUCCUCUUACCAACCCAGCCACCGUGGAGUCGAUGAAUCUAUAGCUCUGUCCAGGCUGGAAGAAUGUACAAAUGGCUCCCAAUACCGCCGUCCUGUAGCCGCAUGUUACGAGUCCCAAGCAGCAACACCCGUGGCUUACACCCAGAACAACAAUAGCCGGUUCUUGCCAAAGUGCGAACGCUCCAAGACGUGCCCGCGAGAACGACAAAGACUCGAGAAACCUCAGCAAAUGGAGGCCCCUGAAUAUAAUGGAGAUGACCAGUUCCGGCUUCAGAAACACCACCAAAGCACAACUGAGCUCCAGAACCUAGCAAAUUCCAGCAAGCAGCUCGAAACAGCUGCUAAUGAAACGAACAUCCUAUUUCGUCAAGCCUGGGAAAACCUCGACCAGCUACUUCCACCUCGGCAGAGAGGAGGCCAGUCAAGACAAAAGUUCCUUCAGAAGAUGCUCAGGUCUGAAACAGAUUUUAGGCAGGAAGGAAUGAGGUUGGAAAGCGUCUUGCACAGAAUGAAAGGGAAACAGUUUCAUAACAAGGAAUCCCUGGCCCUUGAGCAGGAGAAGUUUGCAAAUGAUUUGAACUACUAUGAAAAUACUUUGAACAGGUUUCGUAAGUGGCUGAGGGACAUCUAUUCGGAGAACAAAUCACACCAUGAGAAUUUGCGGAAGAAACCACGCCAGGAAGAUUUGCAGAAGAAGCGGCUCCAGGAGGUUGUAGAGAAGAAACUCGAGCAGGGUUUGCAGAAUAAACCACGCCAGGAGAACUUGCGGAAGAAACCACUCCAGGAGAAUUUACACAAUAAACCACGCCAGAAGCCUCUACAUGAUAAACCAUGCCGGGAGGGUUCGCAGAAGAAACCACUCCAGGAGCUUGUAGAGAAGAAAAUCCAGGAGUUUUCGCAGAAUCAACGUCGCCGGGUGGAUUUGCGAAAGAAGUUACUCCAUGAGAAUUUGCGGAAGGAGCUACCACGCCUGGAGUAUUUCCAGAGUAAACCACACCAGGAGCUUUGGUAG